AUGGAGGUCACAUGGUUGUCAACACUGCUUCUGGCUCUAGCCGUCUCCUGCAUGUUCAUCUAUACCUUAUGGAAGUCAAUGAAUAAAAGAAAUAACCUACCUCCUGGGCCUACACCCCUUCCUGUUGUUGGAAGUCUCCUGCACAUAAAGAGAGGAAAGUUGGUGCAAUCUUUAAUGGAGCUUGGCCAGAAGUAUGGCUCAGUCUAUACACUUUAUUUUGGAUCUAAACCAGUGAUCAUGUUAUAUGGAUAUGAGACAGUCAAGGAAGCUCUUGUUGACCAUGCAGAUGAAUUUGCUGACCGAGGAAAUCUUGCAACAAUUGAUGAUGUAGUGUCCGGGGCUGGAGUGGGCUUUUGCAAUGGAGAUACAUGGAAGAACCUUCGGAGAUUCACUCUUGUGACUCUUAAGAAUUUCGGGAUGGGCAAAAGAAGUAUUGGAGAAAGGAUCCAGGAAGAAGCUCAAUGUCUAGUAGCAGAACUAAAAUCCUACAAAGGCAAAUCCAUAGACCCAACUGGGAUUCUGGCUAAGUGCGUUUCCAAUAUCAUCUGCACCAUAGUCUUUGGAGACCGAUUUGAAUAUGAUGACAAAGACUACAGUAUUCUGUUAAGUAUUCUUAAUGCCAUGUCAAGGGAUUUAAGCAGCACUUUUGGGCAGCUGCAGGCUAUUGUCCCCGGGAUCAUGAAGUAUAUUCCAGGACCUCAUAAACGGAUAAACCAACAUAUGGCCCACAUGCUGGACUUUGUCACACAAAGAGUGGAGAAGAACAAAGAGACCCUGGAUCAAGACUCACCCAGAGAUUUCAUUGACUGCUGCCUCAUCAAACACCAGCAGGAGAAAGACAACCCCAGUUUCAGCAUGAUGAACAUGUUACAGACAAUAUUCAACCUCUUUGUUGCUGGGUCAGAUACUGUCAGUAGCACUCUGCGACAUGGAUUCCUCGUGCUUUUGAAGUAUCCUGACAUUCAAGCCAAAAUCCAGAAAGAAAUACACAAGGUGAUUGGUGGAAAUCGCACCCCAAGCAUUGAUGACCGGACUAAGAUGCCAUAUACUGAUGCUGUGAUCCAUGAGAUUCAGAGAUUCUGCGAUGUGGCUCCAAUGGGUCUUCCUCAUGCAGUUACGCGGGACACAGAGUUCAGAGGACAUACUAUUCCAAAGGGAACAGAUGUCUACCCGCUACUGUGUUCUGUACUACGGGACCCCAAACAUUAUGCUACACCCAACAAAUUUAAUCCUGGACACUUCCUGGAUGAAAAUGGAUGUUUAAAGAAGAAUGAGGCAUUUAUGCCCUUUUCUGCAGGGAAGCGGGUGUGUCUGGGAGAAGGUCUGGCUAGAAUGGAAUUGUUUAUAUUUCUCACUUCUGUAUUGCAAAGUUUUACAUUAUCCUCUGAGAUGACCUUCACAGAAGAAGACAUCAACCCUAAAAUGACUGGUUUUGGCUGCCAACCCACCCCGUACCGGCUCUCAUUCAACCAGCACUAA